AUGUUAGUCAGAUCAUACCGAGUGUCUACCGAUCUAACAACUCUUAUUCUGAUUGCUCUAGGUCAUUUGGCUUUUACCAUAUUAUGGCCGGAUGGGCCCGACGAGCCGGACAAGUCUGAUGAAUCGAACAAACACAACAAGACAAACGGGCCCAAUAGGCCCAACGACCUGGACAAGCACCACGACUCGGACAGACCCAACAACCCAGACUUGCCCAACGACUCAGAUAAGCACGAAGACCUGGAAGAGUCCGAUGAUCCAGGUGGGUCCGACGACCCGAACAGACCCGACGAACCAGAUAGGCAUGACAACCCAAAUGGUCCCGCUGACCCGGACGGGCGCGGUGGUUUGGACGGGCCUGACGUCCAAACAAGCCCUACGAUCCAGACGGGCUCGACUAUCCAGACGGGUCUAACGACCCAAACGGGCUCGACGAUCUAG